UGUUUCCUUUCAUAACGGAGUAAACAUCUUUCGCUUACGUCAUGAAAGCUACAUUUCUGCGGAAGAGUAUAAUUUGAUUUCCAAAAAUUACAUUUCAGUACUAUUGUUCAUCUAUAAAAGAGCAAAUCGUGUGGGAGCUAAUUUCUCUCGAGCCGCUUGCGAGAGGAAUAGCCUGUGUUAAAACAAAAUUACCCAAAAUAAGGGAAUUUAACUCCCAUCCUGCUACGAGGAACUGAGUACCGCGGUCAAGUGCAACAGUCCCCAUUGGGCCAUUAAAAACGGUAAGAUGGAGAGCUACGGCAGAAGCAACGCUUCCACCCCGCUGGCCACCGCACAGCCCAGUCCCAGUGAGCAACAGGAGGCCAUUGCCCUGAAGAGGGCACUUGAAUGGGAGCUGAGCCUGGACACCCGCGAACUACGUUCCUACGCGUGGUACCACGGAGCCCUGCCCCGCCAGCGCGCGGAGGACAUUGUAGAGCGCGAGGGAGACUUCCUGGUACGCGAUUGCGCCUCCCAGCGUGACAACUACGUGCUCAGCUGCCGUAGCAAAGCAGCCGUUCUGCAUUUCGUACUGAACAAGUUGGUUAUACAGCCGGAGACAGUUUACGAACGGGUACAGUUCCAAUUCGAAGAGGAUGCCUUCGAUACCGUGCCCGACUUGAUUACUUUCUACGUGGGAUCUGGAAAGCCAAUCUCGUCGGCGUCGGGGGCUCUUAUUCAAUUUCCCUGCAAUCGGACCUAUCCGCUAUCCUUCUACGGCCACAAAAUCGUGGGCAACCAGCUCCACACGCAGAUGCUGGCAGGUCUCCGAAGUCUGAGUCCUCUUAACUCGCCAAUAAACAGUAAUGGAGGAGUGGGAACAGGCGUUUCUGUGCUUUUUCGCUUUGAUACCAAGAAGCAACAGCUCUCUCCAAAGGCUGGCUCUCCGGCCAGCCCGCACUGCUCGCCUCCACGGGCACGACGAGAGAUAACCCCACCGCUGCCUUGCAAGAAGCAACAGCGCUUCCAGAGCCUCACGCCAGCCCAGGCACUGUUGGUUAGCAACAUAAACAAGCUUCAGGAACAGCAUCAGCAUACGCAGGAGCUGGAAAACGAAAAUCAGAACGUCAUUGUCCGCUUCCAGACGAUCGCCAGAUGUAACCCCACCAGCGAACAGCACCUAGAGAGUAAAUUCACCACCCACUCUUUGCCAAGACCCAACACUACUGCGGCGCAAGCGCUGCCUCAAAAUUCAAUGGCACGGAUCUCGAGCCUGGCUAGGAACUGCAGCGUAGAAUCGCCAUCGGACUCUCGACCGCCCAGUCCACCGCCUAAGCCGCGCAAGGAACCCAUAGUAGCGGUGCUGGCGUACCAGGCCAGUGGAUCAGAUUCGGGCAAUGGAUCCGGCGACUCUACUCUAGGGGAUGCGUUCGAACCAAGCAUACAGCGGGGUGUAGUUAUUAAGAAUCCCCGAUUCAUAAACACCUCGGUCUUAAAUGAGACCCUAAAAAGUUUCAAAGAAUUUGAUGUCCUUGCCGCCGAAGAAGAGCUUUUUACAAUGGCAAAAGAAGAAGUUAUAACGGCGAGCAAGUUUGAUUUUGACAAUUUUGUCACUCUACUAUUGCCAUCUGUGGAGAACAACCCGUUAGACGGCGAUGGUCUUAACACAUUUAAAAUGAUGCUGAUAGAGACGGGCCCAAAACUACUGGCGGAGCACAUAACCCGCAUCGACAUCGCCCUAUUUUUGGAGGAGCCAUCAAACGAGGAGAACUACUAUUUGAGCUGCUCGGGUCUGGAGCUGCUGACUCUCCCCCACGGUAAGCUUUUCCGUGAGGAUAUAAUCGAGCGGACACAGUGCAUUAAGCUGAUGGUAGCCGUGACGAUACUCACCUGUCAAACGGAUCUGGACCGUGCACAACUGCUCAGUAAAUGGAUUCAGGUAGCAGUGGAGACUAAAACAGCCCUAGGAAAUCUGUUUGCUUUCUGUGCCAUCAUGUUGGGAUUGUGCAUGCACCAGAUUCAAAAGCUCGAUCAGGCCUGGCACAUUCUAAGGCAGCAGUAUACGGAGAGCGCAUUUAUCUUCGAGGCCAAGUUACGCCCUACGCUAAGCAUCAUGAACGAGGCCUCUAAUCCACAGGCCCCAAACACAACCGUUCCUCACGUUCUUCUUUACGCAUUAUUAGUCGAUCGGCCCGUCAUGGACAUCAUAAACCACUCUAACAUCGAUGAUCGCCCUGCUCUAUACCACACCUGUAUAGCUCCUUGGGAAUCAAAGGCGGACGACUUCGGCAUGGCCAUUAAUUUCCAGCACCUAGAUGCGUCGCGGGGCUUUCUAAAGAACUUGGGUUUGUAUCGUAAGAAUGCUAAAAUUAUUCUUGAGGACGCCAUACCUAGGUUGGAUGAGCUUCUAUCAGAUGCUUUUCGAACCGAGUUCCAUGUGAAAUUUCUAUGGGGCAGUUCUGGAGCAAAUGCAAAGGCAGAAGAUCGUCACAGCAAGCUGGAAAAGGUGCUAACCCUGAUGGCCGACAAGUUUUGCACGUUGGCCGAAAAGUAAUCUGAAAAAUAAUAUGGACUGUAGUUUCUUCAUAUCAAAUUAACUUAAUGUAAUUAAUGGAACGUCGCACAUUUUGUAUGCCUCGUAUUUAUCUUACUAUGUACAAUAUCGCUAGAUCCUAAGAAAAUUAGAGUAUAUACACGUAUAUAAUUUCAGCAAGAACACAAGUCCACUCUAUGUUACAGUUAAAAUAUUAUUUCAUUAAAGUUAAGUCAAAUUUUGAA